AUGAAUGGUAACGAUGGUCGAGGUGGAGAUCCACAAAUCGAUUCAACAAUUUUAAACAGUUUCAUUGAUCUUCAUCGUACUCAACUGGAACUAUCUAAUAUACCUGAACACUAUUGGCCGAAUAUUUAUCGUAAAUUACACAAUGAGAUAUUUGAUGUUGGAGAAUAUUUUCAAAUUGUUGAAUUACAAGAUGAUGAAGAUAAAACAACUGGACGAGAAUUACGAGUAAAAGAUGAACAUACAAUAUUGAACAAAGAUGACCCAUACAUGAUAUUUAUUAUUGAUCAUGCUUAUACGUAUCGACUUGAUCAAAUUCAAAAAGAACUCCAUCAGUUACCACAAUUAGUUGAUCGAUUAUGUCAUAUGAUGUUCAUUGACAUUGAUGAGGAACAUGAGAAAAAAAUUGAAAAAAUCAUUGAGGAAAUGUGGAAAUUGAAUCAUACCUAUACGUUGACAACUGCUGGAACAAUGGCUGAAGAUCGUGAACCAUACUGGUAUAUUCUAGAUGAAGUUGGCUCAUCCAUUAGUCACGAUGAUUAUCCAUGUGCACGUAUGGCUCCGUUUUAUUCAAUGCUUGAUGGUACAAUGUAUACGCUCCUCUGGUUAGUUGAAAAUGUCAGUUCUGAAGAUCGAAUUAGUGUUGAUUAUGCUUAUGGAAUUACAGAUAAUGAAAUUCGACGAGCAAAAUUAGUUCCAUGGACAAAAGGUAGUCUCACGGAUAUUGAUAUUCAACAAACAGAACCAAGUGAACAAUAUUUUAAUACUGCUCGUGAGAAUGAGCUACUUCCAAUGUCGAAUAUGUGUGAAAUUGAUUUAUCAAGUUUGAAUCGUCCAGUUAACGUCUUUACUGAUCUUGAACUUGUUCGAAAUCAUUUAUUUGAUCAACGAUUUUGCAUAACUGAUACAAAAGAAAAUGCUGAUAUCUUGUUUAUUAGAACUCAUUUUAAAACUUACAAUGAAUUGUUUUUCACAUCUCAAUUUGUUAAUCAAUAUCCAUUCGAAAAUGUCAUCACCAUAAAAGAUCUUUUGGCAAUUGUUUGUCGACGUUUAUCUCCUGGUAUUGAUCGAACAACAUUGAAAUCAUAUCCAGAAUGGUUACCCACAACAUAUAAUUUAACAUAUGAACUGUCAAAAUUUAUUUCUUAUUAUCAACAACGUGAACAAAAAAAUCUAGACAAUCAUUGGAUUAUUAAACCAUGGAAUUUAGCACGAUCGAUUGAUACACAUGUUACGAAAAAUUUAAAUCAAAUUGUACGAUUGGCUGAGUCAGGACCAAAGGUUGUGUGUAAAUACAUUGAAAAACCGUUACUUUUCUAUCGUGAUGGUGUUGGCAAUGUUAAAUUUGAUAUUCGUUAUAUUGUUUUACUUCAUACAAUUCAACCGUUGAAAUUAUUUGUUUAUGAAAAAUUUUGGUUAAGAUUUGCGAAUAAACCCUAUUCACUCGAUAAUUUUGAUGAUUACGAAAAACAUUUUACAGUGAUGAAUUAUAGACAUGCUACGACAUUGAAGAAGAUCACAUGUGAUGAAUUUAUUCCGUUAUUUGAACAACAAAAUCCAAAUCAAUUAUGGCGAAAUAUUGAGACAGACAUUUUUAAAAUGAUUCACCAAAUAUUUUUAUGUGCUGCAUCUCAACCUCCUCCUCGAGGAUUUGAUCAUUGUAAUAGAUCAAGAGCAAUUUAUGCAGUAGAUUUGAUGUUAGAUAAUAUUGAAAACGACGGACAAAACCGUUACAUUCAACCAAAACUAUGCGAAGUUAACUUUAUGCCUGAUAUUGAACGUGCAUGCAUAUAUUAUCCAACGUUUAUCAAUGACAUAUUUCAAUUAUUGUUUCUGAACGACUACACAAAUCAACAUGUUAUUGAUAUAUCACAUUUCUAG